GGCCGCCCCGCCCAGGCGGCUGCCCGUGACCUGCCAGGGCGUAGGGAACGGAAAGUGGGAAGUGGCAAGUCGAAUUCAGUUCGCCAUGGGGUUGUUUGGAAAAACCCAGGAGAAGCCGCCGAAAGAGCUGGUCAAUGAAUGGUCAUUGAAGAUAAGAAAAGAAAUGAGAGUGGUUGACAGACAAAUAAGAGAUAUCCAAAGGGAAGAGGAGAAAGUAAAACGAUCUGUAAAAGAUGCUGCCAAGAAGGGCCAGAAGGAUGUCUGUGUGGUUCUGGCCAAGGAGAUGAUCAGGUCAAGAAAGGCUGUGAGCAAGCUCUACGCAUCCCGAGCCCACAUGAACUCCGCGCUCAUGGGGAUGAAGAACCAGCUUGCGGUCCUGCGAGUGGCUGGCUCCCUGCAGAAGAGCACAGAAGUGAUGAAAGCCAUGCAGAGUCUCGUGAAGAUCCCAGAAAUCCAGGCCACCAUGCGGGAGCUGUCCAAAGAGAUGAUGAAGGCUGGGAUCAUAGAAGAGAUGUUAGAGGACACAUUUGAAAGCAUGGACGAUCAGGAAGAAAUGGAAGAAGAGGCCGAAAUGGAGAUUGACAAGAUUCUGUUUGAAAUUACAGCAGGGGCCUUGGGCAAAGCACCCAGUAAAGUGACUGACGCCCUUCCAGAUCCUGAACCUCCAGGAGCAAUGGCUGCCUCAGAAGAUGAGGAGGGGGAUGAAGCCCUGGAUGCCAUGCAGACCCGGCUGGCCACCCUCCGCAGCUAAGGGUGCCCAGCUGUCCUGCUGUGUUCUCAUACACUCCUUAGAAGAAGCUGCCAUUUUCUGUAUCUCUUGCACUACACCUCUGUCAUGAGGCUCUGCAUUUUGGGGAAGGUUUUCUGCUCAUCUCUU